GCAGCUUUUACGUUUGCUACACAAGUCUUGCCAGAUAUGUUUUCGGUUUUGAAGCAGUGAACCGUUUCAGCUUUUAGCUACUUGGAAAGGUUGUUGAGAGCAUUAUAAAUUGUCUCAAUAUUUCUUCUGAUCCCGCAACUUUUAUUCAGGGUGCAUUUCCAGAGAUCCUGGAGAAAACAAAAGAGGAUUUCUUCUCAAACACUAUCAUCAUACUUAGAGAAUGUGCAGACAUAAUUCAUGAGAGAAUCAAGGAUAUCCCCUGCAUUACUUGCCCGCAAAAGCCAGAAGGAUCCAUGUUUGUAAUGGUCAAGCUGAACCUGUCUCUAUUGGAAGACAUUGAUGAUGAUGUAGAGUUCUAUAUGAAGCUGUCUAAAGAGGAAUCAGUGAUUGUCCUUACAGGUGUAGCUGUGGGAAUGAAGAACUGGCCUCGAGUAACUUUUGCCAUUGAUCCACCUUCUCUCGAAGAUGGACUUGGAAGGAUCAAAGCCUUCUACCAGAGGCAUAUGCUAAGAAGGAAUAAAGACUUCAUCUCAAAUCAAUUCAAUGCUUGUUGAAUUUCAUGAUCUGUAAGGUGCCAAUAAACAUUAAGCUGUCUGUUAUUGUAUCCUCAAAAGUUGAGGGAACAAUUCUAUUAAAUGUGUCGACUUCUAGGAACUUAAGAUCUGUGCUACUAGCUUGGUGGCAAAUAUGGAUCAGCAGUGUAAUAACUACUGGGAAGAAUCUCAAAGAACAGGAAAAAUGGAAAA